AUGUCCAGCAUCAGCCGGACGGAGCGGGAUCCGCUGCUCGCUCGCGCCAGCGAAGAGCUUGAAACCCAACACCACAAUCUGGCAGGGUACACUCCGCUCCGCUUCCGCCUAACCUGUGCGUCCAUCUGGGCCUGCACCUUCCUCGCCUCAUUCGACUCGACCGUCCUCGCCACUCUCACCUCGACCAUCUCUUCCCACUUCGGCGCGGCCGACCGGGGCUCCUGGUUGGGCACAGCCUACCUCCUCUCCAUCUGCUGCUUCACGCCCAUCUACGGCCGACUGGCGGAUAUCCUCGGCCGGCGCGCUGCGCACCUCAUCGCCUUGACAUUCUUUACGCUCGGUACGGCCCUCUGCGCUUUCGCACCAUCCAUGAACACCCUAAUUGCCGCUCAGCUUAUCGCUGGCGUAGGCGGCGGCGGCGUCCAGAGCAUGGCGGUGAUUGUGUUAACGGACCUGGUGGAUCUUCGGCAUCGGGGCUUGUUCCAAGGCUAUGGGAAUAUCGUCUUUGGACUGGGUGGGGCGCUGGGCGGACCAGUCGGCGGCUGGAUCGCCGAUACGUUUGGCUGGCGCGUGGCGUUCAUGAUCCAAGUACCGAUGUUGAUGGCGGGCGCGGCGGUCGCUUGGGUGUGCCUCCGCGGUGAUCUGGGCGGGGUAGAAGCGAGGCGGAAAGCCAGCGAGGGGGGUACGGCUACCGGACAGAGUCUAGGGAAGAAGCUGCGCCAAAUCGACUACCUCGGAUCAUUGACGCUCGUCGGAGCCGUCGCGUCCCUCAUACUCGGUCUGUCACUCAAGACGUCCGGUCAUACGCCUUCGAACGGCGAAUACGCCUGGACACAUCCCUACGUCCUCACUCUCCUCAUCUCCUCCCUCGUCUUUACUUUCCUCUUCAUCUUUGUCGAAGCCCGCUUCGCUGCCUUCCCUCUCCUCCCUCUAUCACUCCUCUCCCGCCGAACACCCGCAGCAGUCGCCUUCUCCCUCUUCGUACUCUCCACAAACCAAUUCUCGCUCCUUUACAAUGUUCCUCUCUUCUUCACUGCCGUCCGCGGCACGUCCGCCUCCGUCGCUGGCGCACACCUCCUACCAUAUAGCGCGAUGAUCGGAAUCGGAUCGCUCGCCGUUGGGUACUUGAUCAGGCAGACGGGGAAGUAUUGGACGUUGGACGUGGGAAGCGGCGUGAUUGUUCUGGUGAGCGCGCUGGCGCUGACCUUCUGGAAUCAGCAGAGUCCGGGAUGGCUGUUGUGGACGGCCCAAGUACCCGCGGGAUUUGGGUACGCGGGGGUCCUGACGGGGACGCUCGUGGCGCUCAUGACGGACGUGCAGCUGGAGGGGAAAGGAGAAGUCGCCGUGGCUACGAGCAUGUCGUAUCUCUUCCGCUCAACCGGUCAGGUCCUCGGCGUCUCCCUCUCCUCGGCACUCAUCCAGUCCAUCCUGACACAUGACCUGCCCCUCCACAUAACAGGCCCUGCCUCUGCCGAGAUCAUCGCCAAGAUCCGCAGAGAUACCGAAUCUAUCCGAUAUCUGCCGCCGGCGGAACAAGGGGCCGCGAGGGACGUGUAUGCCAAAGCGCUCAGAUGGGUGUUUGUGGUGAAUGUGGUGUUGGCGGCAGUGGGGGUGUUGGGGCUUUGGGCGGUCAAGGAGGAGGUGAUGCCGGAGGGGAAUAAGAAGGGAAGGAGGGGAGAGGGGGAUGAGGAGGGACAAGAGGGGGUGGCUAGGGAAUGA